UCGGCAUUCAAUUUAUCCACCCAACCACCACCUAACAAUGCACACCCGUCACACACAUACACCUCACUAUUAUUAUUAACACAACACCCAAAAUUCCAUGCUAAACAAUUCUCUAUAUAAACACCCUUUCCUAGCUUCACUUAAACCCAUCCAAAAAUUCCUCAGCAACAAAAAUAUUUAUAUAUAUAAAAAAUAAAAUAGUAACUAAACCACCAAUUUAGUACAUUAUAUAAGUAAUAUCAAAUAGUUAACAUGGCCGGCCAAGUGAAGUCCCUCUACGCCGCCCUCAUCGCUGCCGUGCUGCUGGCGGCGGUCAUGCCCCCGCCAGCAGCGGCUUUAGGUUGUGGGACGGUGAUCAGUUAUUUGUCCCCUUGCCUCCCGUAUGUGACCGGCCGAGGCCCGAUUGGUAAGUGCUGCAAUGGGGUCAAGGGGCUCUACGCAGCCGCUAAAACCACCACGGACCGCCAGACGGUGUGCACCUGCCUUAAAAAUAUCGGGAGCUCGACUGGUGGAGUCAAUUACAACAAGGCCGCCGGGCUACCCAUUAGAUGCGGCGUCAAUCUUCCUUACAAGAUCAGCCCUUCCACCAACUGCAAGAGCUCGUUUAUUGAAAUUGAUUGGUUUGGUGAUUCGGUUAAUGGUGCAGGAUUAACUGAGUUCGCGAGGAGGAAACGCGCGGCGGAUACUGAAGUUGGGUUUGUAUGUCGAUCGAGCGAGCCGUAG